AAAAUGUCACAGCUAUAUCCUUGCUAAAAAAUCAACAUUCUUAUUUUAUGGAUAAUAUGGAUCCGGAAAAUGAUUUAGCUAACUUUAUCAAUUCCAGAAGUUAUAUGCAGAACGAUAGAGAAUUACCUAAAGUUUCAAUAAUAAAAAAUGUCGACAACGAUGUCACUUAUCUUCUUUCAAAAUUAUCGGACGAAGAACUUAUAAAAUUGUUAAAUACCCAACCUACAAAAUCUGAAUAUGAUUUAGAUGAUAUAGUAAAUAUAACUUUCGAUUCCAAAUCAGGACUUGAUAACAUUUUAAAAAACAGUAAGGCCCAAAGUCACCGCAAUACCUUUAACGAAAAUGUUGAUGAGAAUAGCAAUAAAUUUAACUUUAAACCAACAACUAAAACAGACAAAGAUCCCAUGGCUUUUUUUAGAUUAGAAAAUAAGGAAGUGGAUCCCUAUGUCAAGAGUGACGAUUCUAAUUACAGAGCUGUUCAAAAAUUAAGUGACCUCCUAAAUAAUUAUCAAAUGAAUGCAAACUCCGAAGACUUGGGUUUGGAUGAUGACAAAAAGGAAUUAUUAUUUGACAUUCUUGUGUCGCAGUUAAAAACAUUGUGCUGUAAGAAAAGUAAACCUUUAGCUCGUAAUAUUAUGUACAAAUAUAUGCCAGAAGCCACACAGAAAAUGUCUCACGAAUACAUAUUUUUAAUAGUUAAUGACGAAAUAAAAAAUAAUGGCAGUGACGAACUUAUGUCUGUGGACCCUAACAGUCUUGACAAAAACAGCAGCGUAUUAUUAUUGGGGCCUAUUACAACACCACUAACAGAUAGCCAACUUAAAACAGUAGACAAUCCAUUUUUAUAAUUUUGAACGAUUUCUUAUUACUUAAAAGUACUUACGUAGUACCUAAAUGGAACGAAGAAAUAAGUAGCUCUGGCAAUCCCCGCAACGGCAUGUAGUUCGCACUAGAUAUGUAUAAAUAAGAAUUUAUCAUUGCACCUUCCUGGAAUCAAUUGAAAUACAUCAAAUUCAAUUAAAAACAGUUUAGAAUUCUAUUAAUCGUAUAUCUAAAGAAUUAUCCCAACCAGAAUAUCUUCCGCUUUUGCAACUACUAUCAAACGGGACACUGAGCG